GCGAGCGUGAGCAACAUGAGGCAGUUCUUGAUAGUAAUCCGCUUAAUCCUUCUGCUGUCAGUUGAUAUCAGUGCAGCACCUGCACCUGCACCAGCACCUGCAGUUCGCACAGAAGUCGACCCGGAGUUGACAGCUGGCUAUAGCGAAGGUGAUAUGAUUAUCAGUGCAGAGCAGCGAAAUGGACUGCGCCCAGAUAGCUAUCGCUGGCCCAAUCGGACUGUCUACUAUUACAUUAACAGCAACAUCGAUCCGCCACAUCGCGAGCAAAUACUUGUCGGCUUGCGAAAAAUCGAGGCCAGUUCCUGUCUGACCUUCAAGGAAGCCGUCAAGGACCAGAAAUACUACGUGAACAUAACCUCGGAGCCGGGCGGCUGCUUUACAGCUGUUGGCUUCCAAAAUCGUGUGCAGCAAAUGAAUCUGCAGAAUUAUCCCCUGGACGAGGGCUGCUAUCGCAUGGGCACCAUAAUGCACGAAAUGCUGCAUGCUCUGGGCUUCUAUCAUGAGCAGAGCUCGGCGGAUCGUGAUGAAUACGUUCGCAUCGCCUACGAAAAUAUUCAGGAAGGCAAGGAGCACAACUUCGACAAGUUCGACAUCGAUACAGUGGAUAACUUCGACCAGGAGUACGACUAUGGUAGCGUGCUGCACUACUCGCCCUACGGCUUCUCCAAGAACGGCGGCAUGACUAUUGUCCCCUUCAAAGAGGGCGCCGAGAAGCAAAUGGGUCAGCGACUGCAAAUGAGCCAGCGGGACAUUAAUAAAUUGAACAUCAUGUACAAAUGCCCCCAGCAAGUAUAGUGCAGAUAUAUAAGCUAUAAGGUGUAAAG